AUGAACGUGGACACUUUCCCCGCCUAUGUCUUAGAAGCAGGAAAGAACGUGAGCUUGUCAACCACAAACUGUCAGAGUGUGAUAGAGAGAGGAUUCACAUCACAGCUGAAGAGCUGCUCUCUGCUGCUGAUGGAGCUUUUUUCUGCGGCUGUGGCAUAUCUGAAGGCUCAUGCGUCUCACCUGACAAGCGAUAACCCAGAUGACCUGCUUCAGAAGAGAAUGGUUGUGUUGAAAAGUGUUUUGCUCAGUGAGGAGAUCUACCUGAUGGAGCUUGAAACGCUGCUUACGCCCAUGAAAGCUCUAAAGGCAUCAGCAGGUACCUCGCAACCCGUUUUGUCCACUGAGCAAGUUCAGACUGUGUUUUAUCAAGUGCCUGAACUCAGAGAUCUGCAUCGGCAGUUUUACACAAGCCUUCAAACUAAACUGCACUCUGAUAACGUGAUGGAUCAGGGGUCACAGCAAAGCCUGGGAAGGGACGAGGGCCCGGUGAUGCAGCACUACCAAGGGGAGCAUCAUUUAUCCGUGGGAGAUGUCUUUCUGAAGUUUGUCAAUCAGUUAGGAGUGUACCGGGGCUUUAUCGACAACUAUGAGAACGCAGUGAAGAUUGUGCAGAAGUGUAUGCUGUCAGACCAACGCUUCAGGAUACUUGCAGAGAGUAUGAUGUCCUCCAAAAGCUCGGACAAUGUGAAAACUAAAUAUACCUUUGAAGCUCUCCUGUAUAAGCCGUUAGACAGAGUGAUGAAAACCACCCUCGUGUUGCACGACUUGUGGAAGCACACGCCCCCCGAACACCCUGACAGCAUCACACUGCAGGAAGCGCUCCGUCUUUCGAGCAGCUUUAUGUCUGGGGUGAAUGAAAGGUCGCAGUGCAAACAGCCAGUCAUGCUGUGCAGAGGAGAGAGACGUCAACUGAUGCGUGAUGGGUUUGUGGUUGAUGUGUGUGAAAGUGGGCACAACCUGAGACACCUCUUCCUGUACACAGACAUGCUGCUGUGUGCUAAACUGACAAACGCAGGGAGGCAGGCGCAGUACAGGUUUUGCUGGUAUCUGCCACUGGUUGGCCUGAAGCUCCAUUGGACAGCUGAACACCUGCCCUCAUCAGAAUACCAAAUGAAAAUCAGUAAAACCAGAGUCAAAUGUACCAGCUCAAACAAGCACUCCUGCAACACAUGUUGUUUUAAAGGAAGCAAGGGGUCAGUUUCUCGUGCUGUUGAUCGGUUGAGGCGGAAACUUGAAGAGUGUGAGAUCUGGCUUUAACAAACCACACCAUCUUUUACUUUAGACCUACACAGCACCAGUCACACUGUCCGACUGCUUUCUUUGUAUGACCUGAAUGAGUGGAAAGAUGCCAUUGAGAAACAGUGUGGAAACUGUAUAGAGACGGUUCCUCCAGACCUACUUUCUGUCACCAGUUCCUGCAUCAAACUCAGAAUGACUCAACAACCUCCUCUUCACUGCAUUCAGUCCAAUGAGAGUGCACAGAUAUGUGGAAGCUUAUAUGUGAUGGUUCAGUCUGCGUGUGGUCUGCAACACCCCAGCAGUGCGUAUGUUUGUGUGGAAGUAGAUGGCUUUGAGUGUUACGACAGGCGAAAACAAACCUGCCUUUCGGCCUUCUGUGUUACACCACAAUGGGAUGAGGAGCUUGUGUUUAUAGUGGAUGGAGCUCAGCAGCUGUUCCUGGUUUUUGUGAGCCAGUACGAGAAUGACACGCAGAACGACAUCGUGGGAAGAACAGUCUUAAAUUUGGACCCAGACAACAUGUUUAAGAAAUGGAAAAAAGUCACUUGUUCUUUGGGCCAUGUUGAAGUAACCUUGUCACUCAAGUAUGUGCCCCACCCUCUGGAGCCUCCAAGCACCACCCCUAUCCUGCAGGAACCAGUGUUCUCUGUGCCUAUUGGACAAGUGGCAAUGCAAGAGAGUGUGCUGGUCCCACACAUUGUCCGAUCCUGUGUGGAGGAGGUUGAGAGAAGGGGUCUGAAAGAAGAGGGCAUCUACAGAAUUUCAGGGGCAAGCACAGAGAUACAAGCACUAAAAUAUGCAUUUAACACUAAUUACCGCGAGGCUGUGAGUAAACUGAGGAGUGUUGAUGUGAAUGCAGUCUCGGGGACCCUUAAACUUUACUUUAGAGAACUUCCUUUACCUCUUAUACCCUCUGAGCAUUUCAGUGAGCUUUCAGAUGCACUAGACAUCGCUGAUCCAUUUGUGAGAGCAGACAGCUUGCUGAGUCUGUUGCUGUCUCUACCAGAUGUGAACCGCAACACUCUGCUCUUCCUCUUACACCACCUGAGACGAGUUGCAGAGAGGAAGGAAGAGAAUAAAAUGUCCCUGAGUAAUUUGGCCACAGUGUUCGGCCCCAGUCUCUUGCGCCCCCCAGUGUCUCGUGUUGACAUUUCCCAAGAAGUGGAAGUUCAGGUCCAGGUGAUUUUUCUCUAUCUGCAGUUUCAAAACCUUCCAAAAGCUCUCCUCACCAAACAUCUGGACAUUGAUGACCUAGAGUCAUGAGCCGUCAACAACUGGACUCCUGUGCGUCUACCUAACCAUGGUCAUUUGUACAUUUGUUCAAAUUCUCAGUUUAACAUUUGUUUAAUAUUUUAUUUUAAUCUGAUUUUUUAUUUUAGGAUGAUAGUAUGAUAAUAUGAUUAAAAAAUGACAUCCACAAA